AUGGCCACCACUUUAUAUACCGCCAAUGAGUUUGUGCUAUUCUCAGUUCCAUCAAGCGCUAAACCUAUUAGUGCGUCAGGUCUAGACACUGAUGCUUGGUUGCAACAACAAUUAUUAGGCGGUAAAGCCUUUGUUUCAAAGUUUGAAGUACCUGAAUUUAAGAUUGGUUCUUUGGAUACUUUGAUUGUUGAAUCUGAAGAGUUAAAUAAAAUAGAUAAUCAAAUCGGUGCUUCUAUUGGUAAAAUCAUAGAGAUAUUGGCAGGAUUAAAUGAAGCUAACACUAACGAAUAUAAGACUAUCCCAAUUAAUAAUGUUCCAGUACCAGAAUAUUUAGAAAACUUCCAUUGGCAAACAAGAAAAUUUAAAUUAGAUAAAGAUAUUAAAGAAUUAAUAAGUUUGAUCUCAGGGGAAUCCUCCCAACUAGAUGCCGAUGUCAGAGCAACCUAUACAAACUAUAAUAAUGCUAAGACUAACUUAGUCGCCGCAGAGAGGAAACAAACCGGUGAUUUAUCAGUUCGUUCUCUUCAUGAUAUAGUGAAGCCAGAAAAUUUUGUCUUACAUUCUGAACAUUUAACUACCAUUCUUGUAGCUGUACCAAAGGCCUUGAAGGGUAAAUUCGAAGAAUCCUAUGAAACUUUGGCUAAGAACGUUGUCCCAGGAUCUGCCUCUGUAUUAGCUCAGGACUCUGAGUAUAUUUUAUACAAUGUACAUCUUUUCAAAAAGAACUUACAAGAAUUUAUCACAUCUGCUAGAGAACAAAAAUUCGUUCCACGUGAAUUCAACUAUUCUGAGGAAUUAAUUGAUGAAUUAAAGAAAGAGCAUGAUUCUGCAGCAAGUUUAGAACACUCUCUACGUUUACAAUUGGUAAGAUUAGCCAAGGCUGCUUAUAUCGAUGUAUUUAUGAAUUGGUUCCACAUCAAGACCUUACGUGUUUAUGUUGAAUCUGUAUUGCGUUAUGGUUUACCACCUCAUUUCAAUACAAAAAUCAUUGCCGUUCCACCAAAGAUGUUAAAUAAAUGUAAAACUGAAUUGAUUACAGCUUUCGGUUUCUUAGGUGGUAACGCUUUCGCAGUGGAUAAGAAUGGUAAGAUUAGUAAGGACGAUUCUAACUUACACCAAUACGCAUCUCUGGUAGAUACUGAGUAUGAACCAUUUGUUAUGUAUUCUGUAACUCUGUAA